AUGAGUCAAGAAUAUUUCCCCAACAGGGCUGGUUCCUCUGCCGGCGAGGGGUCGUCGCGAUCCGUCCGCGAUGAGACGCCUCCCCGGAAUCCUUUUCUGCCGCCGGAAUAUAUGACGGUUGGCAAUGGAACGACCUCAGAACACGCUACGGCUUUGAUGGCGUCUCUGAAUCAGGAUUCUGGAUACGGUGGCAGCAUUGCUGGAGACAGCGCAUCGGAUGAACAGAUUCGCGAAGGAUGGCGUGCAGGAUUGAUGGAAGACCGCCCGACCCCGAUGCAUACGCCUACUUUCCCCGGAGACUCAAGCGCUGCCGGCGAUCAUGAACGACACGUUGUUGCGAGUCACGUCCAUCAACUACUCUACAAUUCGAACCGCACCAAGCUGUCCAGGUCCAUCACCCGCACAAUUGAAACGUUGAAGGAGUUACAGGAGAUGAACCGCCAAUGGCCGGCACACUAUCCGUCUGUUCAAGGGAGUCCUGAGAGACCGGCGCUGCAGCAUACGCAAUCCCUCGUCCAUUUGGAGGAUGAAGCCAAUCUUCCGCCACGUCCGGGCCCAAUCAAACGGGCGGCAACCUCGUUGGAAGAUGGUGAAUCUAGCGCAGCUGCUGAACGCCGCGCGCCUCCGGAGCCCAGAUUGAUGACGCCUCAGAUUGCUCAGGAAUUCUCCAUUCUAAAGCUAGACCUGAAGCUGGGAGCAUUGUCGCAAGCUGAACUGGUACAUUCGCUGGAAAAGGCGUCGAUUGCGUCGUUGCUCGAUGGGAAGAUCAGCCAAAGUAUCAAGCACCUCCUAUCAUUGCGGGAUCGGAUCGAGGACAUCUCCAGCAAAGUCCUUGUCACCGGUGAUCUGAACGCGGGUAAAUCCACAUUCUGUAACGCUCUGCUUCGUCGCAAGAUCUUGCCUGAGGACCAGCAGCCAUGUACCAGCAUCUUCUGCGAAGUCCUCGAUGCCAGGGAGAAUGGAGGGAUCGAGGAAGUCCACGCCGUGCACAAGGACCGACAGUAUAACAGAAACGAUGAGAGUACAUACGACGUAUACUCGCUGCUGGAACUCGAAAAUAUUGUCAUUGACAACACGAAAUACAUGCAGUGCAAAGUCUACGUCAAAGAUGUGCGCUCUAUCGAUGAAUCGCUGCUUAAUAACGGAGUGGUCGAUAUCGCUCUUAUCGAUGCGCCUGGCCUGAAUUCUGAUUCCCUGAAGACUACCGCUGUGUUUGCACGACAGGAGGAGAUUGAUGUUGUCGUCUUCGUGGUUUCAGCUGCUAAUCACUUCACCCUGUCCGCGAAGGAAUUCAUCAUGAACGCAGCCCAUGAGAAAGCGUACAUGUUUAUGGUGGUCAACGGAUUUGAUAAUAUCAGGGACAAGCAACGAUGUGAGCGAAUGAUCUUGGACCAGGUCGCUAAACUUAGUCCUCGCACGUACAAGGAAUCUGCGGAGCUUGUCCAUUUCGUUUCCAGCAAUGCCAUUCCCGUGGCACCUACGAUCCCAGUUGGAGGUUCUGGUUCCGGAAGUGGUGGACCUGGCGGUGGAUCAGACCCUUCCGACGAUGGUCCAGGAGAUGACGGCGACGAUGACGACAAGGGAAAGGCUGUCGAUAAAGGGAAGGGAAAAGAGAGAGAAAAGAUUCAGGAUUUCGAAAAUCUAGAGAGUGCUCUACGUCGAUUCGUCUUGGAAAAGCGGGCUCGCUCGAAGCUGGCGCCUGCAAAAACUUAUCUGAUGAAUGUAUUGUCUGAUCUCAACUCAUUGGCUUCUGUCAACCGUGACGUCGCACAGGCGGAGCUGCAACGAGUCACAAAGGAACUGGAGGAGCUGGAGCCAGCAUACGAGGAUGGCAAGAAAAAAAAAAUAGCGGUGGCGGAUGAUGUCGAGAAACGCAUUGAAGAAUCAUGCGAGGAUGUUUACGACCACACUCGCUCCAAGCUUACGACCACAAUCUCUCACGUUGCCGAAGCUGAUCUUGGGGUUGAAUACCCCGGUCUUUUCUCCGUCUUCCAAUACGCGGAGGAUCUCAAGCUCGCCAUGUUGGAUCAAAUAUCCAUGUCAGUGUCCGACUGUGAGAACUACGCUCGUGCAAAGACCGUGCAGGGUGUCAACUUCAUUCAGAACAUUGGCCUGCUGCAUGUAGGCGAGGACAAGUUCCCACCCCUGAAUUUCAGAGCUGACCUUAUGUUCCGUCGCGGCCGUCGUCAUACCUUCGCUCGUCAAGUAGACACCGAGGUGGAGCUGUUGGAUUUCUUUGAUAUUGCCAGUCUCUGGGAACGUCAGGAAAAGGUCGCUGGAACGGGAAUGGCUAUGACCCUUGUUACCGUUGUCGGGGGUAGAGCAUUUGGAGGCGCGGGUUGGAUCGACGGUCUCUUCGGCGCUGCGAGAAUCCUCGGAUCUAACAAUUUGCGUCGCAUGUUUUUCCCAGGUGUUAUCGCCGCAGUCGUAUUGACUGCCGCCUAUGUUCUCUCCUCAAUCCCAACCACUCUUCCUCCACGUCUCUCCAAGAAGCUGGCCGCCAGGUUGGCUGAGAUUGACUACACACACACCAAUGCGUCUAGAAUCUCGGCAGAAGUCCGCCGCAUGCUCCGUAUACCGGCAGUUAACCUCCAGACUGCCCUGGCUCAGGAUAUUGAAGACCUGGGCAGGCGCAAGGAUGAGGUCACGAAAGUUAAGCGGGAGAGCGAGGUUGCGAGCAAAUACUUUGCCAAUCUCUUCCGUGACAGUGGGGAGAACCGAAGAAGUGUCGAGCAGAUCGACCUUGAGGCUCCAUUGCCUGGUGCUAUGGCCGGCUAUGGGGCGUAA